UAUUGUCGUGCCUGUCUAACUGUUAUUCUACAGCCUGCUUUUAGUCUUCUCUGUUUGUCCUGCUGCUUCUGGCUUUUUCUUAUAAUACUGCGUAAAGUCGUGUCGGAGGACAUCCAGGGCCUAGAAAGCAACAUCAGCAAGGCCAGUCCACAUCUAGAUGAGAGAUACCCACCGUCGCCAUCUGUCUCUGCAACUCCGGGUCCGUCUCCGCCCGCACACACAGCUGGAAGAACGGAUCCUUCUCGCGCGCCGUCUCCGGAUCCUGGUCGUGCAGCCGGCGGAAAUUCUCGCGCGACAUGGGGUCGAUGA